CCAACAAAUGUGAAAUUCUUGUAUUUGUUCCAUUUGCUUCAAACCCUUCUUUGUGAAUUUUGAGAGUUUUUAAAUGUGUGUUUCUGUCUUUGCAAGAAUUUUUAAUCUUUAACGUUCCGCCCACAAUGGCAGGAGUAAUAAACGAUAAGUUUCGUUAUGUGUACAGUUCUGUUUUACAUCAUAAAGUAACAUUCAAACUAGGCACCCUCGAGGGGAAACUAUGGAAGCCAACUGCUGAAGAAAUUUUGAGAAAUCCUUUGUUGAAACAUACUGGAUUUUGUCAACCAGGAUGUGCUGACCUGUAUCUCAUCAUUCAGCUCUUUGAAAAUGGGGAGGCUUUGGCCAUACCCAAACAUAUAAUGAAGUCUUUUACUACAAGAUAUAACUUCAAUGAAUGGGUUCAACUACCGUUGUUGUACAGCGAUUUACCAGAAAAAACCAUAAUGAUUAUAAAUAUAUAUACUGCAGGAUUGAGGGAAGAAAACAUGAUUGUUGGAGGAACUGCAAUUCCAUUAUUCGACAAGAGCGGUCUAUUCAGACAGGGUAUUAUAGACUUGAGGAUUUGGACAGGUAUCGAGGCCGAUCCGAAACAUCCGGAGAAGACACCGUUCAGACCGAGCGAAGAUGGGCAGGAGAAAAUGCCGAGAUUGGCUGAACUGGUGAAAAAGCACCAAGCCGGACUUAUGCCCAAGGUCGAUUGGUUGGACAGAUUAACGUUCAGAGAGAUAGAGCAGACUAACGAGAGAGAGAAAAGAUUGUCUGAUCACCUGUAUUUGAUGGUUGAAUUCAUGGAUUGUAUGAUAGAUGGACAUUCACACAACAUUAUCUAUUUCGAGCAGAAUGGUGAGGAAGUGUACGCCAAGGAAAAGAACGACAUUAUAACUGUGCCUGACCCUGAAAUCGGGAAGGAAAACUUGGUAGAGAACAUGUACCACAAAAUUACACGUUCCAUGCGUAGUGGAUACUCCGACAGGGACGCCAAACCUAACGCCUACACCCGAGACUUCCUGAACAGAAUAGUGUCUUACCCCCCGACCAAACAGCUCACCAACGAGGAACAGGACAUCGUUUGGAAGUACCGCUUCUUCCUGAGCAACCAGAAGAAGGCCCUGUCAAAAUUUCUGAAAUGCGUCAGAUGGACCCAGAACAGCGAAGUGAACCAGGCCAUGCACAUGAUGGACAUCUGGGUGCCGAUGGACAUCGAAGACGCUCUCGAACUCCUCAGUUCCAGUUUCACCCACGUCGCCGCCCGUCGAUACGCCAUCACGAGGCUGAGCAAGGCUCCCGACGAAGACAUCAUCUUGUACCUGCUGGAGUUGGUGCAGGCGUUGAAGUUCGAGAACUUCGAGUCCAUCAAAAACGGCCUGAUGAGGCUGUCGAAGAAGCAAGAGUCGGCCUCCAAGACGGAAGAGAAGGAGGCCCAGUUGGUGCACAACGACAGCAAGGAGAGCAACAGCACGCUCACCGAGGAAAACGUGUUGCAGAAAUCUUCGGGCGAGGAGGGGGCUUGCGCCUUGCCGACGUUGACCAGUAAAUUGAAGGGGAUGGACCUGGCGGCCAGUAAUCUUGGGGAUUCGGCCAACACGGACACCUUGAAGAAUCAAUUCGACGACGAGGUACUCGAUUUGGCCUCGUUCUUGAUACAGAGGGCGUCUCAGAACACCGCGCUUGCGAACUACUUCUAUUGGUACCUGCUCUUGGAAUGCGAAGAUAACGAUAACACUCAGCAGGAUAAAGCCGUGCAGAACAUGUACCUGAACGUGAUGAAGAUGUUCAGGCAGACCCUCGCCCAGGGCAAUGCCGAGAUGCAGAACAGACGCAUCAUCCUGUCGAAACAGCAGAAAUUCAUCGACAGAUUGGUUAAACUCAUAAAGACUGUGUCUAAGGAACGAGGCGACAGAAAGAAGAAGAUUGAAGUACUGAAGCAACUUCUGGCCACUCCGGACUCAUCGAAAUUCUCCUUCACCAACUUCGAACCCAUCCCGUUCCCCCUCGAUCCGGACGUGACCAUCAGAGGCAUCGUGGCCGAGAAGUCGCUUCUAUUUAAAUCUGCUCUGAUGCCCUCCAAGCUGUACUUCGUCACGGAUGACGACAGGGAGUACGUGGCGAUCUUCAAGUACGGCGACGACCUGAGGCAGGAUCAGCUCGUGCUGCAGAUGAUCACGCUGAUGGACAAGCUGCUGCGCAAGGAGAAUCUGGAUCUGAAGCUGACGCCUUACAAGGUCCUGGCCACGAGCACCAAGCACGGUUUCGUGCAGUUCAUCGAUUCGAUAACUGUCGCCGAUGCGUUGGCCAGCGAAGGCAGCAUCCAGAACUACUUCAAGAAACAUCACCCGCAGGAGAACGGUCCUUAUGGCAUCGCCCCCGAUAUAAUGAAUACUUUUGUUAGGUCCUGCGCUGGAUAUUGCGUGAUCACGUAUCUGUUAGGGGUGGGAGACAGGCAUCUGGACAACCUUCUCCUAACCCCUUGCGGUAAAUUGUUCCAUAUAGAUUUCGGGUAUAUACUAGGUAGAGACCCGAAACCUUUGCCACCUCCGAUGAGGCUCAGUAGAGAGAUGGUCGAAGCUAUGGGAGGUGUAACCUCCGAACAUUACCAGGAGUUCAGGACGCAGUGCCACACGGCUUUCCUGCAUCUGAGAAGGCACGCCAACUUGAUGUUGAACCUGUUCUCCCUGAUGAUCAAGGCUAGUAUUCCGGAUAUCGCUCUGGAACCGGACAAGGCUGUGAAAAAACUGUUGGAGAAACUGCGUCUGGAAUUGAGCGAGGAGGAGGCUGUGCAAUAUAUCCAACAAUUGAUCGACGCGUCCGCGUCUGCGGUGAUGCCGGUUAUUGUAGAACAGUUUCAUAAGUUUACUCAGUUGAUGCGGAAGUGAAUUUGUGUUGCUUGUUUUGAACGUUUCGUGUUCGUUUACUGAAGACUGAGAUUAUCACACGAUAGGCUGGAUGGUACAUGAUUGUGGUGCGAAUGGUACGGUCUGUUUGUGUGAGGUCAACUUUUUGUAAUUAAUCAGAAUUAUACAUGAUUUUCGUGAUUUUUAGAUUCUCAUGUGGAAAUAUAUUAUUGGAAAACUAGUUUUAAUAAAUAUUUUAUAGAAAUUGAA